AUGAAUACAAUCCCAAAUGAGAGAACAGGUCGAAGUCAACAUCGUCAAGAAAUAUCAAGUCAACAGUAUAAUGACUUCCAGGAAGAUCAUGGAAGGAGAUACCGGCAACGGGCGACAAAGGUCAGAGGCACCAGACUAGGGACUGAAUGCAGCGCUAGAAGAGCUCGCAAAAAGGGGAGUAAAACUAGGCGGUCAGAGGCACCAGUCUUGAAGUUAGAAACCAACUCAAUUAGCCCGGCGCCAUAUAUACAAAGAAAACAAACAAACUCACCACCUUUUGAUCUCACGGUUCCCUCUCGGUUCAUUCAGGAAAGCCCACCAGAUUCCGAUAAUCAUCCGGUUCCUUGCCAGAGCUACACACGAACUCGGCCACGAAAACGUUCGAGGACAAGAACCCUGCAAUCACAGACGCCGAGCCAAGAUAGUAAUUCUGAUGUCUCAUACCCAGAAAAAUCCCACAUUCCACCUCGUAAAUCAAUUGUUUCUAAGACUCGGCCAUUGCGGGAGUUUGUGUCUGAGAACGACAUCAAACGUGAGGAUAGAAGGUUUCAUUCGUCCGAGAGAUUGGAUUCUGCAAAGUUUACGUCCCCAGGACAUUUCAUUUCCGAUAUCAACGCGCCCCCGUCAUCCAGUUCUGCCCGCCUUAUAGAACCUAUGCCUCUUCCACUCAAUAUCUACCAAAACAUCAGCGCGAUCUCAUUUGAGGAAACACAUGGAACAUCUAUCGAUGUUAACAACGCCAUUCAUGAUAGAGAGGAAUUUGAGACUUCCCGAAGAACUAUGGGCGGUGCUAAAUCGAUAGAGCCCAAGAUUGAGCUAAAGCACCCUGGCACAUUGGUUGAUUUUGGGCGAAACAGCAGUCAAAGUAGAAUUUCUACCACACCCCGUUCUUCUGGAGAUAUAGAUAUAGCGCAAGAUCCAGUGCCUGUGGGACUAGUAAUGAAUUCCAUAAUCCGUCAAUCUACACCUAUACUAAACCCAUCACCGAACUCGCUCACAACCAACCUUAAUUCUCGAGAGAGAAGCCCCCAAUGGUCUGAUGAUAUAUCAUUGAACACUAGCAUAGGAGCAAGUGACCCCGAUAUCGCUUCAGACUCCCCUAUCAGACUUGAUUCGGGGGCAAUCUCUCCAACACUUCUUCGAAACAACAUUCCCCAUGUUUUUAUGGUUUCCAGCUCACAUAUGAAUACUCGAAUCAGCGAUCGCUCUAGGGCAGACUCGCAAAGCUCCCCAACAAAUGUCAACACAACUUAUACUUCAGAAGAAGUCAUAAAUUAUCACUCGCCUUCCAGCUCAUCUUCAGAAUCUGUUGCCUCAAAGCCUUACUACAGGCCCCUAGGCUCACCUGUAGCUUCAGAUACUAGUUCUGUUAUCAGUAUGGCUGGUUAUCUCCUUGGAGCUGGUAUCCUAGGUCGCGAAUCUAGAGAUAGAUUUGAACUCAACGAUCUAGAUUCUGUAUAUCGCCCAGUAGCAAGCUCUAUCGAAUCCUUUGAGGCCGGAAAAAUCGGAACUCAUUUUGUCCCCAACUCAAUGUCCUCCUCUUCGACAUUAGGCUACGAUGUGAUUUGCGCGUCGCCAUCUCUUGAUGAUACCACAGUCCGCGACGACAAUCAAAUUGCAUCCUCAAGACUCCCCGGAAAUAUAGGCAGUAAGGCUGUUUCCCUUUCUAGAACGCCUAUGUUAGUAGGAUUAAGAGAUACGAACACAGUUGGUAUAUCAUAUGGGCCACCCCAAAACUCACCAGGGUCAGCCUCAAACGGCAACUCGCAGGGCCGUCGAGAAAAUCACGUCUCCACUUCAGAGGUCACAAUACAUUAUCAUCCAGGAAAAUCAUCAGCCAGUACUGUUUCUCGGGGGCCUCAUGUAAGCAAUUCACGUGGAAAACCCUUUAUUCCUCCAGUAACAAUUACUCAAAACCCCAAAAAUAUUGCUGCCCCACGGAUAGCAAAUCCAUUACCUGAACGGAUUGACACUAGGGGUAUAAGGCGUCGUGGGGUCAAAACAGAGGAAUCGCAAAGAAUGCGAGGUGCUGGACAUGAGUUCCAGGGUAUGCAGAGAGCUGAGCAGGUGCAUAUGGCAAACUUUUCCAUGGGGCAAUCUAAGUAUAGAGCGACAGUGGAGAGUGUUGUUGAUAGUGAAGAUGAAACAAAUGACCCGAAUUUUACAGAAGAUCAGGGGUGA